CGUUGACGUGAUACAGUCAUUGGGCUAAACGAUAUUUCGGUAUGAUACGUAGUUCUUAAAGGAACUUCCCUAUCAAAAUUACAUACACAUAGGCUUACUGUAAUUUCACGAUAAACGUUUGGAGUGUAGAAUACAUGGCUUCAACAUACCAGGAAAAUCAGCAAAACAACUUGUUUGAUGGAUUCCGAAGAGGAUUCAAAUCAUUCGCGACAGAGGCGAUCCACGUUGGACAAGAACCUGAGCAAUGGAAAUCUAUGGCCGUGGUGCCACCAAUUUCCUUAUCUACCACGUUCAAGCAGUAUGGACCAGGGAAUCAUGCGGGCUUUGAGUACAGUCGAAGUGGAAACCCAACAAGAAACUGUCUGGAGAAAGCUGUAGCCGCCCUGGAUGGAGCGAAGCAUUGUCUUGCUCUUGCCUCGGGGCUUGCAGCGACAAUGACCAUCACCCACAUGCUGAAAGCUGGAGAUGGUAUCGUCUGCAUGAACGAUGUCUAUGGAGGUACCAACCGUUACUUCAGAAAGAUUGCAGCAGAACUUGGUCUGGAUGUCUCCUUUGCUGAUUUCACAAAAAUUGAGCUGCUUCAAGCUGCCCUGAAGCCUAAUACCAAGUUGGUGUGGAUUGAAACUCCAACCAAUCCCACUAUGAAAGUGGUGGAUAUCAAAGCCUGUGCUGAGGUAGUCCAUAAACACAAGAAGGAUGCCGUGGUAGUGGUGGACAAUACGUUCAUGUCCGCAUACUUUCAGCGCCCCUUGGCUCUGGAUGCUGACAUUUGUAUGUAUUCAGCUACCAAGUACAUGAAUGGGCACAGUGAUGUUGUAAUGGGACUGGUCUCAGUGAACAGGGAGGAUCUGUAUGAACGGCUGCGAUUUCUACAGAAUGCUCUGGGAGCAGUACCAUCUCCCUUUGACUGCUACUUGUGCAACCGUGGGCUGAAAACCCUUCACCUCAGAAUGAAACAGCACUUCAAAAACGCCUUGGCAGUGGCCCAGUACCUGGAGGAGGACCCACGGGUGGACAAAGUCAUUUUCCCAGGUCUACCCUCUCACCCACAGCAUGAGCUAAUGAAGAAGCAGUGCACAGGCUGCCCUGGCAUGAUCACAUUCUACAUCAAGGGCAAAUUGGAGCAUGCCACCACUUUCCUCAGUAAUCUUAAGCUCUUUGCACUUGCCGAGAGCCUUGGGGGAUAUGAAAGUUUGGCAGAGCAUCCAGCCAUCAUGACCCAUGCAUCUGUGCCAGAGAAUGAGAGGGCUGUCCUGGGGAUCAGUGACACUCUUGUCCGUCUUUCUGUGGGGCUGGAGGACGAGCAUGACAUUAUUGAGGACUUGGACCAAGCCCUGAAUGCUGCUCAUCCAAAGAAGUAAAAUAUUAUGGACACCUCAAACUCCUGCUUGAAGUUGAUGUCAGCAAAACUGAGGCCAGGGUACCACAAAGUAAAACCUCAAUGCAACGCGCACAAGGAUGCAGCCAUCAGGGAAAAACCUGCUUUGAAAAUCUCCCAAAUAAUUUAAAAUUAACAGGUGUUAAUGAAUACUUAAAGGACUUAAUUUUAAUCUUAUUUAUCAUUUUCUGAUUUUGUGUGUUCAUUAUGUUAUUUUGUUAGGAGGGCUUUGAUGGGUGCAAUGUGAUGGGGAAUGAUAUUGAAUUAACACAGACAUUUCUGGAGCGAAACGUAACACAAAAUAAUCAAGUCUUGUUUUAUUUGUUCCCCCAGAGACUUUAUCUGAAUAUCUGUGUUGAUUGAAUAUAACUUGUUGUCUUGCUAUGUCAAACAUAUGCCUUGUAAAGGGAAAGGGGGGGAAUCAUCACCCCUGUGAAAGAAAUGUGUCCGUCUCCACUAAUGAUUUAGCAUCGCAAAUUUGAUUCUGGAUUUAAAUACUCAUGUCUGUCAGAUGACCGGGGAAAGAACUAGAGACUAACAACCUGAUGAGUCAGUUGUAGACUUUUAAAUGUCAGUGGUUACACUUCUGUAAUAAGAAGGCACAGCAUGGGGGAGGGGUGUAGGGGGUGUGGAUGUUGGAAAGAGGCCGUAAGGUCAAUGUUAACAUCCACUAAACCCUAGAAUACCCAGCCUUCCCCAUACCAAGUUGCACCUGUGUAAUCAUUUUAGCACCCAACUGUAAUGUAGUGUAAAAAUAACUACAACGUUGUUACAAUAGGUCUUGCUUAUGUAGGCUAGUUAGGCCUUCAUGGUAGUCAGUGUAACCUUAAUGUCAAUGAUUCCAGAAAAGAGAGAAAGAUAAAUACAGAAAACAGACAACGCAGAUUGUGGUACUGAAUAGAUCACACAAUAUUUACUCCUAACCUACAUAGCUGAACCCUAACCCAUUGAUGAACUUAAUGGUGCCUAUGAGAACAGUCUUUGACACCAGGUGUGUAGAACAUAGUAAAAACCGUAAAUGGGUUACAUUAUCGCAAUGCAAACUUAACCUGAUGAUUGGGAUCAAAAUGUCAUAGAUUCAUUCAUAAAUCUUUCAAAUACUUACACAACCCAAAGUUUGAGUUUAAAAUCCAGAAUGUUGGCUUGCUUUAGAUCUUAAGCAGUUUGCUUGUCCUUACGUUUGUUUAAUGGUUUCUCUUUUUCUGAUAGUGUGCAAAUGUUUUUGGAAAUAGCUGAAAUAAUUGCGAUGGUAAAUGUAUUGUUCUUAAGAGCAAUGAACAAAGUUCCAAUUAACCUAAACGAACUUUUAGCACACAUUUUAUAGUCUUCUUACAUCUACAUCACUUAUGUAUCUGCUUGCUGUUAACGCUACACUUUUGACGUGUGUACAUCUGACCAGACCAAUUAAAAAGAGUUUGCAGUC